GGAGUGGAGCCGAUCCCGGAGCCUGAGAGUGCAGCGGCCGCGGAGGAGGCGGCGGCAGGCGGAGCGGCAGCAGCACAGGCUCCCGGCCAAGCCAGCGCGCAUCCCUAGUGCCCUGCGCUGCAGAGAGCUCGGAGGAGCGCGGGAGCAGCGACACAGGAGUGGACAAAGCAAGAUGGCUGGGAUCUUAGCCUGGUUCUGGAACGAGCGGUUUUGGCUUCCGCAUAAUGUCACCUGGGCAGACCUGAAGAACACGGAGGAAGCCACCUUUCCGCAGGCAGAGGACCUCUACCUCGCCUUCCCCUUGGCCUUCUGCAUCUUCAUGGUGCGGCUCAUCUUCGAGAGAUUCAUAGCCAAACCGUGUGCCAUAGCCCUCAACAUCCAAGCCAAUGGACCACAAAUUGCCCAGCCAAAUGCCAUUCUGGAAAAGGUCUUCACUGCCAUAACAAAGCAUCCUGAUGAGAAGAGAUUAGAAGGGCUCUCCAAGCAGCUGGACUGGGAUGUCCGGAGCAUUCAACGCUGGUUUCGACAAAGACGUAACCAGGAGAAACCCAGCACUCUGACCAGGUUCUGUGAGAGCAUGUGGAGAUUUUCCUUUUACCUCUAUGUAUUUAGCUAUGGAGUCCGGUUCUUGAAACAGACCCCUUGGUUGUGGAAUACAAGACACUGCUGGUAUAACUACCCUUAUCAGCCACUCACUGCCGACCUUCACUUCUAUUACAUCCUGGAGCUGUCAUUUUAUUGGUCUUUAAUGGUUUCCCAGUUCACAGAUAUCAAGAGGAAGGACUUCGGCAUUAUGUUCCUGCACCACCUUACAACAAUUUUCUUAAUAACCUUUUCAUAUGUCAACAACAUGGCCCGAGUAGGAACCCUGGUCUUCUGUCUUCACGACUCAGCCGAUAUUCUGCUAGAGGCUGCCAAAAUGGCAAAUUAUGCCAAAUUUCAGAAAAUGUGUGAUCUCCUGUUUGUCAUGUUCGCUGUGGUUUUUAUCACCACACGGCUGGGCAUAUUUCCUUUCUGGGUGUUGAAUAGCACAUUAUUUGAAAGUUGGGAGAUCGUCGGACCCUAUCCUUCCUGGUGGGUUUUUAACCUGCUGCUCUUGUUACUACAAGGGUUGAACUGCUUCUGGUCUUACCUGGUUGUAAAAAUAGCUUGCAAAACUGUUUCAAAAGGCAAGGUGUCCAAGGAUGACCGGAGUGACAUUGAAUCUAGCUCAGAUGAUGAGGACUCAGAGCCUCCCGGGAAGAAACCACACUCUUCGACAACUACCAAUGGAACCAGCGGUACCAAUGGGUACCUCCUCACUGGUCCUUGUCCAAUGGAUGAUUAAUUACCCAAAACUAUAAGUUCUGAACAAAGGGAGCUGUUUGUUCCUGGAAGUAUUUAAUAAGUUGCAAAUGCAGUUCCUUUCAUGAUAUUUCAUCACCAGAGACAAAAAUUAGGAUUCUCGGAGCAUUCUGAAUAGUGUACUGCCAUGUGUCCUGUCUGUGAAUGAAGAAAUCCAUUCUUUCUGUGUAGGCAUGCUGUAUGUAACUGACACAAGGGAACGGUAUUUGCAUUUGUCUUAGGAUAUUAUUUAUUUUUUUAUUUGUUUGUAAAUCUGUCGACAAACGAAGAUUCCUUCACUCCUUUUAUUCUCUGGGCUCAUGAUUGACAGUAAAGAUGCCCCAUCUGUGUGUACCCCUUUACCACGCUGUAGUCCAGUGUGCCGUGAGCAUCAACUUACUUUAUCCCUUAGAGCAAGUAAAAUCCCAUGCAAGAUCCUCACACAGUUCCCAGUAGGUUGGCUUUCUUUCUGUUCUGCACCCAUUUUAUAAUUGUUCAUACAGUUGACCAUUGUCCCACGUGAGUCUAUACAGGAUGAACCAGGUGUUUUAGUUGCCACUCUUUGUGAUCAAUUGGCAGUUCAGAUGGAAGAUGGCUAUGGAGGGACCUUUGAAUUUUAUAGGAAACUUCCUUGGAAUAGUUUGUCUCUUGUACACAAACAUGAGAUUUCUUUUCUGUGGUAGGUAGUCCAGAGCUGACCAUGUUGGUAACAAAGUUUUUUUGCCCCCAGUGAAGUCAGUGUUCUGAUUAUGAAACGAUGUCACUUGCUCAAGUUCCCAGAUGCAAAGGGACCCACAUACUGUGUUCUGGGAAUCUCCGAAGAUAGCCACUGACUUCAACCAGGUCUUGCCAUGACUUCUACUGUAUUAGCCCAUUCUUCUGUCCUGACGAAUAAAAAAGAGAAAGCCAAGAAUAUUCUGAGGCAGAAAAAGAGAAAGUCUUGUGGAACUUGGCAAAGACUUCUUUCACUGAAAAGCACUUUAUUGAAGCCAGCUUUUCAAGAGAAAGCCCUGUCUAGUAUUAGACUUGGUAUUUUGCUGAGCAAAAUAAAUCAAAUGGGAGAAAGACUAUUAACCCUUCUUCCUCAAAUGCAUCCCAUAAUGACUUUCUUGUUUGUAGAAGCAUCCACCCCACAUAACAAGUCUGUUCUAUUUAUUGCUCUGACGACUCGUGGGGGCUCCUAUGAAUUUCUUUUUAAGUGGAGCUAUUUCCAGAAAAACAGUAAAAAAUCUACUGGAGAAUGACAGGGAAAGCUGUGGGGAAAAUUACCAAAGAAUAAAACCUGAGCCCCUCCACACACACACACCCCGGCAGCCAGUGUCACUUUUCUGCAGCUACGGAAACCACACAGAUGAGCCAAGGAUUUGAUCCCACCUUACCUUCAAUAAAAAGGGAACUAAAUGAGAUUACAAGUACUUAUGAGUCAAACAUCACCUAAAACAGGACUCCAAACCAAUCAGGGCAUGAGUAGCCAGUAGCAAAACGUUACAGUGUGUGACAGUCCUGCUCAGAGCCACCCACACUCCAUUUUGUUCUUUUAAACUAACUCAGCAUACCCAUACUUUGAAGCCUAUGAGUUAAGUGUUAAGAGAAGACUCCCAAAGAACUCUCGCUGCAAUAUUAAAUCUUCCCUCCACCUAAUUACAAAACAGUAUUUUCUGGUAUGGUCCAGACAGUAAUUUUAAAAGCUUGGAAACAUGUCUACUUGUUACCAUAGAAGACAGGCCAACUGACUGUGUUUUGAGCCUUGCUGACUUAUUAACCAAAACCAUUGUAUGUCUAGGAGUAGAAACUUUAAAGUGUUUGAGUUUGUGAGAACAGUAAUAAGACACUAGAGGUAUUGUUAGUAAUUAGAGAAUUUGCUCAAAUGCAUGUAAAACAAUAGCAGUGUCAAGACAGUGAAAGUUUGUCAUCAGCUAAGCUAAGAAGCCUACCCAUCUCGUGUUAAUGUCUGGGCACCUCCUCCCAGGGGUGAGAUGGUUUUGACAACCACUGUGUAUUUGUAUUGGAACCAUGUGACACUCUUUAGCACAGAAGAACUUUAAGAUCAAUCUGUAAAUUCAGAAGAGGUAGAGAAAAUGAAGUAAGUUGAUUCUGUCUAUAUCAAAGGCAGAUCUAAACCAUCUUUUCUACAGAAGUUACUGUGGAAAACUAGGGGCACACUUUCUGACUGACGCCAGUAGCUUGGCUCGGUCUCCAAUGUGUCUGUUGAUUUUUGUUUCAUUUUACCUUCUAGAGAAAAUUAUUCUGUUUGGCUAAUUGAAAUGGAGUUUGUAGGCUUUUUUGGAAUAGAAUAUUAAUAACUCUGUCUAAUGUUCUCUCAAAAUGAACAGAUAAGACUAAGAACAGACACUGUCUGAGGAAUCUUACCCAUAGCUCUCAGAAGUCUGACUUGUAAAUCCAGCUUUAGGUUAGUUCUGAGUGGUGUUCUUGUUAAUUAGCUUAGCUUGUGGUAAUGUCUCCUUCUUCCUGGUUGCAUUCAAAUUUCCCAGGGUACCAAAGUGUGUGUAGAAAGGACUCUAGAAAAAGUAACUUUCAUAGCUUACCUAGGUUUAGUGGGGGGGAAAGUAGGAAAUCAAGUAGAAGGCCUUGAGUCAAUAAUUGGUAUAGCCAUGUCUGAUUUAUGUGUGCAUAUGUGUGUUUCUCCAAAAACUGGUAAAACUAAAUUAUUACUGAUUCUUCAUCCUCAUCAUCCUUAUCACCCAUAUUCCUGUCCUUAAAAAAAAAAAAACCCAAUACAUUCAACCAUGUACUAUACAAACUUUCCUUCUUCUUAGUUUUGAUUCAGCUGAGAGUAGCAAAACCCUUUUGGCCUCUCCAUCACAGAGCUCCCUGAGAUAGAACCCAGGUCCUAGAGCAUCUGCUGCCACACAUAAGACACACCCAGCUCACUGUCACAGAUUCAGUCCUUUGGAUGUUGAGAGCAGAGGAGCAACUGCAAGGAUCAGUAUUGUGGGUCAUUCAAGUGUUUAUUGUAAAAGUGCAAGAGAUUGCCAUUUAACUCCAUGGCGCUAAGGUCUGCUGAACUGCCAGACAGGGCAUAUCCCAAAUUAUCAUUAGAUGGUGCCAUUGGCAUCUAACCAGGGACCAAGAAAGAACAGAUCACAUCUUUAGUCCAUAUGGUAGGUGAGUCUCAAAACUGUUAAAUUCUUAUGAGUCAUAUACUUGGCAACAGCACUAUGUGCUACCAUGGUCCCAGAAGGUGAUAACAUAGCCUAGGUACAGAGGCAGUGCUGUCUGCUUGUGUCUAAGUGCACUCAUUGGUGUUCACAGAGUGACAAAAACGUGUCCCUGUUAUGAUGUGACAUAUGCCUAUACUUGGUAGAAUUUGAGUUUGGGCAACUUAAUGCCUUUCCUUCGUUGUAGAUAGAAAGGUCUGAAUCUUCUACCUUGCAUUUAAAUCUCAUUGUUAUUUGGGCUAAGGAAAAAUGAGGCUUUGUUGUUUUAAAGGACAUUGAAGUUCACCUGUGUCUUUGCUGACAAACUCUUCUGAAUGAAUGAAUGGGCACCCUUGGUGGCCUCCAACCCAUUCAUCAGUUUAUAUUACUAAUCGUUUGGGGUAAAUUAAAGUCAAAGUUGCUUGGAUAUUUGAGUGUUUCCUUAAUUUGAAGUAGGAAAAUAUUGUACAGAAUUACCCCCAAAGGUAUGGAUGAGGGCCAUUUAUCAGUAUGGGAGAUGAUGUCAUUAUACCCAGAGAGGCCUCUGGAAAUAAGUGAAGUUUUGGAACUUUAUGUACUAUUUGAAGUAUUAAGACUCCUACCUGCCUUUCACUUUUCUUGUCUUUGGCUUAUUUCUGCUUGGUCAAUAAGUCAUCAUAGCCCUACAAUGUUUCUAACACCCAAAUGAGAAAAACAUCAAACAAGACCAGAAUCAGCCUGAGGGGAAAGUGAACACAUGUUUCUUGUGUAGCAAGAAGGAAAUGCAGAGGGUUCUUAACUGCUGCAGUUGCCUUCAAGUAUGCUGUCCCUGUCAGGGACGAUCAUAAAAGUUCUUAAAGUGAAACAAGACUUUUUCCUUAAAUGUAUUCUUCCCAGGAUCCGCUUCUCUUCCAGAGGUGAAAUUGGGCUGUUCUCCAAAUGCUGUGGACUAAUUAGCAAUAUUCUACCAAUCACCUUGUAGUUCCAUUAACUAAUGGGCUAAGAGGAGGGCCCUGUAGUUCCCUUAUGUGUACAUAGCACCCACCCACCCCUAGGGGGCACCAAGCAGAUGUGAGGUAGCCCUAGCCAAAGAUCUUGAAACUCCUGUAACCUACUCAAAGACAGCCACUUUUCAUGAAGAAAAUCAUAUUGAAGAACAUAAAAGGUACCAUAAGUAAUGCGAUAUGUAGACACCCAAAUAAGAAGGUUUGCCUCCUGCAGGCUUUUGUGACUUGAUUUAACCCAGAACCUUUAACAGGAAUGCAUUGGCAGAUGGGUGCAUUGAGACCCCCACCAAUGCUGAGAAUUUGAAAAGGCCUGGGCCACAGGGUGACUAAUGGCAUCUGCAUAGAAUUGGGCACUCUCAGGAUUGCUGGCGAGUGAUGAGAGGGUUCUGUUAGCCUGGAGCUGGUCUUGUUUACCUCAGUCACUCACAGUCCUUUUAGGCUUCUGGAACUCUGCUAAAAGAAAGCCAAAUGCUAACAUAUUUUUUGCUUUCAGUUUGCUAAUGACUGUUAGAUGAGCUCUUCCCAUCCCUUCUUCUCUGUCCGGUCCCAUUUUCAGGAGGCAGGGGAGGCUGUGUGCACAGCUUUAACACAGGUCCAGGAAUACUUGGUUUCUUGGAUUUUGUGUCAUCUGGAAACCAUGGUACAGCGUCAGUCAUCAGACUUUCCGUGCUCAGUGAAAAAAAAUUGAUUUCAUUCAUAUUUUUACCCUCUUUACCGACCAUAAAUGUCAUACACUCUGCAAAACUAUCUAUUGUGAAGCUUUUUUGUUUGGGGAUUUUUUUUGGUUUUGUUUUGUUUUCUUUUCUUUUCUUUUCUUUUCUUUUCUUUGUUUUUUAGUGUUAGUUGCAAAGCUCUGGAAUGGUUACAUUAUGAUUCUGGAACGUUCUCUCAAAGCUCAAUUAACAUAGAUGUGCAGCACACUCCAGUUGGAUUCUCCCGUGCACAUAGUUCUCAGCACUCCUCUGCCCAAGUCCUAGUCAUUUCCCUUCUUGGCCUUUAGUUGUCAGAGAAAGGGAUGGUGGUUAAUUUGGGGAUUUGUUUCUCUUCUCCAGCUCUCAGUGGGGACUAGGAUAAGUGACAGAACCUCAUUUGUUUUCUAAAGAUAGUUCAGUGCGUGAGCAUCUGUCAGAAGUAGAAUGGUGUACCAUUAGCCAAUUAGAAUCACUUCAUGUACUGUCACUGUGUUUUGCUGAUUUUUAUAUGGGAAUAUAAUUACUCGUUCUUGAUCUUUGGAAGUAAUUGUUAUUAUGAGGAUCAUUUUACUUUGGAAACACUUUCAUAAUAAAGAUAAGUAUUAAGAGUA